AUGAAGUUCCUUGCUGCCUUUGCCGCUCUGGCCGGCCUUGUCGCCGCUGUGCCAACCCCAACUGAGGACCAAGCUCUCGACGUUCGCGCCAUCGAGAAGAGAGCAACCAUCACCGACGCUGCUGAUGUAGGCUAUGCCACUCAAAACGGCGGUACCACUGGUGGAAAGGGCGGCACCACCACCACCGUCAGCACCCUCGCCCAGUUUACCGCUGCGGCCGGCUCAUCGUCAGCAUAUGUGAUUGUCGUGAGCGGAGCCAUCUCUGGCGCCGCCAAGGUCAAGGUCACGUCGAACAAGAGCAUUAUUGGAAAGUCUGGAUCUAGCUUGACCGGUAUUGGUCUGACCAUCAACGGCCAGUCCAACGUCAUUGUCCGCAACAUGAAGAUCUCCAAGGUCCUGGCCGACUACGGUGACGCCAUCACCAUCCAGGCCUCCAAGAACGUCUGGGUCGACCACGUCGACGUCUCGUCUGACCUGAACAACGGCAAGGACUACUACGACGGUCUGAUUGAUGUCACCCACGCCUCGGACUGGGUCACCAUCUCCAACAGCUACAUCCACGACCACUACAAGGCGUCCCUGGUCGGCCACUCGGACAGCAACGGCGACGAGGACACUGGCCACCUGACUGUCACCUACGCCAACAACUACUGGAAGAACGUCAACAGCCGUACCCCGUCUUUCCGAUUCGGUACCGGCCACAUCUUCAACAACUACUACCUCUCCCUCGGCGACAGCGGUAUCAACACCCGCAUGGGUGCCCAACUCCUGGUCGAGAGCAGCGUCUUUGAGUCGAGCGCCACAAAGGCCAUCUUCAGCGACGACAGCGACGAGAUUGGCUACGCCGUCGUCAGCGACGUCAGCCUGGGCGGCUCCACCAACACGGCCUCGACCGGCACCCUCAAGUCGGUCCCUUACUCGUACAGCAAGCUUGGCUCCGGCAGCGUCAAGGCAUCCGUUACCGCCUCGGCCGGCCAGACCCUUUCUUUCUAG